AUGGCUCCAGCUCCCAGCUUCAAUGGACACCAGUGGACUUCCAACCCUGUCCGAGGGUCCUGCAUUCUGCUGCUGCUGGUCAUGUCAAAUCUGCUCCUGUGCCAAGGCAACCCAUGCCAGUCCUGCGGUCCUGACGUGUUUGCCACCUCCCUGAGAUCCCUUACAGACUUGUUUAUCGAUGCUGUCCGGCUGUCCCACGACUUCCAUAACUUUUCCUUAAUAACGUUCAACAAGUUUGAUGAAAAAUAUGCCCAGGGCAAACUGUACUAUAUCAACGUCACCAAGAGCUGCCACACCAAUUCCCUCCAUUUUCCCGAAGAAAGAGAUAAAGUCUACCAGGAAAACAAUGAAAACAUUACUAAGUGGGCACUUGUGCUACUGUACUCCUGGAAUAAUCCUCUGUAUCAUCUAGUCACAGAGCUGAAGAGUAUGAAAGAAUUGUUAGAGGAUUUCCUAUCAAGCACCAUGAAGAUUGAGAGCAUGUCAGAGAAACUUCAAGCCUUAAUAGAGAGUCACUUCAGCAAGAUUGUUCUUCCAGUCCUGAAUACGAUGCACAAUGCUUCCAGUACCUGGUCAGGACUCCCAUCCCUGACGUCCAGCGAUGAAGAUAGGCGUCAUUCUGAAUUGUAUAACCUGUUCUACUGCCUGCACAGGGAUUCACAUAAAGUUGACAUGUACAUCAAGUUCCUGGGGUGCCGAGCCCGCAAAAUGUGCUAA